ACGGAUAUUUCUUCCUGAGAGCCACACCCCACACCGCAGCACACACAGCACGAGAGAAGGCGAUGGCGCACUCGCCGUCGGGAUCGGUCGCGGCGGCGGCGGCGGGAGAGGAGGAGGGGGCCAUGGUGGAGGCGGCGGCGGAGGACGGCGGCGCCGAGUCCAGGAUCACCGCGCUCCUCUUCGACGUGUCGCAGCAGGUGCAGGAGGCCCUGCAGGGGAUGCUGAAGAUGACGGGGGAGAUCGAGCAGUGCGGCGCCGAGAUCGAGGCGGAGAUCGAGCGGGCCAAGGAGGCCGUCGCCGACAAGGGCAGGGCGCUCGACGACGACCGCGAGAGGUUCCAGAAGGCCGCCGUCGCCGCGCUCAACAUCCUCAGCGGCGGCGCUGCCGGCGACAUCUGAUCUCAUCUGACCACGGUGGCGCGAUUAUCUGAUCAAACUGAACCUGAAUGUUGCCAUCAGUGUUGAACCCUGAUUGAUUUACUCAUGUAACCCUGAUCUCCACUAUUCCAGUACUACUUGAGAUUGAGAGUACUAGUUGUUACCCGUGUAGGCAAAGUGUUAUGAUCCGUAGCUGUUGUGUGGUAGGGUAGCAGUACUAGUAUGGAGUAUGUUCUACUGGAGCUGCAGCUGAUGCAUUGGGGAAGAUAACUCGGUCAUCAAUCGAUGCAGAUAUUGUGAACAAUCGCAAAUGAGUUAGUAAGUAUACUACUUCAGAGUUCAGAGGUAUUCAGACAUCUA